AUCAGCGGUAGUUGCACCUCUGGCCUCCGACCGAUAGAGGGCGCCCCUUGGGUUGCUCAUGUAAUUAAAGUACACCAACAUGACGACAUUACGGCCGUUCAACUGCGACGAUUUGUUCAAAUUCAACAAUAUCAACUUGGACCCUUUAACAGAAACUUAUGGCAUCCCGUUCUACCUGCAGUACUUGGCGCACUGGCCCGAGUACUUCAUCGUUGCCGAGGCUCCUGGAGGGGAAUUGAUGGGAUACAUCAUGGGGAAGGCGGAAGGUUCGGUGGCCCGAGAGGAGUGGCACGGCCACGUCACCGCGUUGUCAGUCGCGCCUGAGUUUCGACGGUUGGGAUUGGCAGCCAAACUCAUGGAGAUGCUGGAGGAGAUCUCAGAGACGAAGGGCGGCUUCUUUGUGGACCUAUUCGUCCGCGUUUCCAAUCAAGUAGCAGUCAGCAUGUACAAGCGUCUGGGGUACAGCGUCUACCGGACCGUCAUCGAAUACUACUCGGCCAGCAACGGCGACCCGGACGAGGACGCCUACGACAUGAGGAAAGCGUUGUCCCGAGACACGGAGAAGAAGUCCAUCAUCCCGCUGCCGCAUCCCGUCAGGCCCGAGGACAUCGAAUAACGAUGCCUGUGGCUCACUGGCGGAUCCCAGAAUAGAAAGCAGUUUUGAGCUUUCAUGCCAAUAUCCUUGAUAUCCGAGUUCUCGUGUCCUCUUCGUGCUCACUAGUAGACUAUUCAUGCUGUGAAUAAGUGCAAAAUUGCUUCAAUUACUACUAGACUGCAAAACCAAAAAUACUUCUUUAGUCUUGAGACAUCACCUAAAAAGGAACUUGUUUCUCGCUUCACUUUUGAAAUUUACCUUUGUAAGAAAAAGAAAUGUAACCCAAUGCAAAAUUCGCAUUUCAAAGAAAAAAACCCACUUGAAAUAAGUGAAAUUGUUUUACAAACCAGUUACCGGUACUUAUUAGAUGAGGGCAAUCAUAUUUUUUUUACUAGAAUUAAGAUGAAUACUAUAGGUAAGACUUUUUUUGUAGUGUAGUGCUCAGUUUUGCCUCAGCGGUAACAUGUACUAUAGUUGGCCCAUCUUUGCAUUUUGAACAUUAAUACUUUGUCUAAACAUUGGAAAAUAAUAAUGACCUUACAAG